GCAUCACUAACUGAUCGCAAAGGUCCCCCGAACCUGCCCGCGCAACAGCACACUCGAUCCCCUCCAUUGGGUGCUGCGAAUUUGUGAAUUUUCACUUAGAAAUCCAGCGCAUUCUUCCGUUACAUUUCCCGUCUUUGAAAAGACACGUCGCAACAUUCUUUGGGCAUCUGUGUUGCCUACCGAAGGAACCCUCGGCGCGUCCUGUAGUCUCACUAACGGGCCGCGGCCUUCGACAAGUCGUCCACAUAUUCCGCCAGGUGUUUGCGACCAAUACAAAAUGGCACCUCCAAAGGAAGCUGAGGUUGAGCUUCACGCCAUCAGCCGAACCCCCGAAUACGAGGAAUUCAUGACCAAGCUGAGAGCUUACCAUCAGGAGCGAGGCACGACUCUCGAGACCGAGCCCAAGGUCGGACCGGUUUAUCUUGAUCUGUACAAGACAUUCAACCAUAUUGUUGCAAAUGGCGGCUACGACAAAGUGUCCGAUGAGAAGCUAGCUUGGCGCCGGAUGGCUGAGCAGCUUGGCAUACACUCCUCCAACGUAGCCUCAACUGCUUUCUCUCUAAAGGAGAAGUACUACAAGAACCUUGCUGCCUAUGAGAUCAAGUUUGUUCAUGGCAAGGAGCCCCCUCCCAAGGACAUCUUGGAGGAUGUGUCAGCCAAGGGUGGCGGUCUUCUGAGCCGCACUAGGGAGAACUUCCGCGGAGUCAAGCGCGAUAGCGGCACAGUUGGUGACUCUGCGGCUGCUUCUGGAGAUGACGGCACCCCUACCCGAGAGCGUCCAACCCCAGAUGCCGCUCCCACAUCCAGCGUUCGAGCUUCACGAGGCCUGCGCGAGGCCCCACCUCAGAGAGUCAUUUUCCAGCCAGACACCGGCCCCUCCAGACCAACCCGCCAUGUUUCUGGCCAGCAGCUAGGCCAUGCCGCCACACCUAAUCCCACCGGUCAGCCAGGCGGCCAUCAUGCCACUCCACAGCAGGUCCAGCACACUCCUGUUCCUCUUCCACAUCAGCCCCGGGCGGCGCCUCGUGGGCCGAGCGGCAGCUUCAACCCGCCCGAUGCCGAAAAUACCUCGACCGGUGUCGAGUCGUUUCUCCCACGUUCUCUGCAGCAGCAGCAACACAGUAUCCUUCCAAUGCGUCCUGUUGACACACCGAGCAACAAUCCGGUCGAGUUCGCCCGGCGUCGUCAGUUUAGACGCUCCCUUCUGGAGCCUCCUCGCCGUAGUGGGCCCUAUCCUGGAGUUGGAUACGACGGACCGAACAUUUAUAUCCGUUGUCUAUACGCCUUACGCUCAGGCACCUUCGAAGAGCAGCAGUUCGCACUCUACCACCUUGUCAAAAUUUCGUACGAACGUCAUGACAAGUUCAAGUUCGAAGGGUUUCCCGGGCUCAGUGAAGGCCUGGUAGAGAAGGUAUUGGAAGUUGGCAGCAUCUUCUACAAUGUGAAGUGGAAGAUUUCUUGGGUAUCUCAAGUGGCUGCCGACAAUUUCGACACUCUCGAUGGUAAUGAAGGAACGGAAGACAUCCUGGAGCGCAUCGACAAUCUCGAACCGAAGCAAGUCAAUGAGCUCAUUGUGCCCGCGAAGCUCGCCGACAAGAUGAUACUCAUCAACGAGGCCGCUCUGACGCUGAGAAAUAUGUCUCAGCUCCGGGAGAACGCCGCUCAUCUGGCCGAGUUCCUGCCAAUCAAGGACCUCAUCUGCAUUGUGCUAAGUCUUCCAGAGCACGAGUUGGUGGUGGAAGUAAAGCAUGCAAUGCUCGACAUUGCCGAGGCUUUGACCCCCUACAUUGAAAUCGACUCGAGCGACCCCUUGUACAAGGUUCUCAUGUGGCUUCUGAACGACUCUGACGAUCGCGGCAUCAUACUCACCACUCUCCGCGCACUUGGACGCAUCUCGAUGAAUCUCGAAGCUACCAACAGAUUGGACAAGGUUCCUACGGCCGUUUUGACCAAGAUCGGCGAGUUGAUGCUGCUCAACGACGACGAGCUGAAGGAUGCUUGUCUCGAUUUCUUGUAUCAGUACACGGCAGUCGUCAGCAACGUCGACAACCUGGUUAAGUCCCUCAACUGUGAGCACCUGGUUCAGCACCUGGUCCGCCUUCUUUCCCACAACGCUAGGCGAUACCAGGAAGAGACGCUGUUGAAGCCCAUGUCCAAGUCGCCCUCGACUGAUGAGCCUGCUGCCAUGCCCGAAGACCUACUGCAAGAUCUCCUGAAGCUGGAUGAGCCCGAGCGAUGCAACCAAUGGGUCAAGUGCUUCUUUGAAGAGGACAAGGAAUCCUUUGUUACUCAGAUUGCAGCCUGGCAGGCAUACCAGAAUGCUUUCAAAUCGGCGCUCCAGGCCAUUGGUCAGCCCCUCAUUACACCAGCUGACUUCAUUCGCAACAGCUGUUCGGUCUACAAGGGCUCCAAGGCUGAGGUCUGGGCUGGCAGCGGGGUUCCUGGAGAAGUCCAGCAGAAGUUCAUCAUUCAUGGCAUUCGAUGCCGAGUUCGACCUGUGGGCAUCGAGGGCCAAGUCUUCCUUCGAUGCUUGUGGGACUCGACGUCUGGUCGACCAAAUGAGAAAUGCGGCCACUUCUUUGGAAGCAAGGAGAAGAUGUGGAACCAUGUUGUUGCGGUCCACCUCAAGCUGGCACGCAACGAGCAGGGUGGCUUCGACAACAAAGAGGAGGAGGUCAGAUGCCAGUGGGCCGACUGUACCAAGUAUCCGAAGCCCACAAAGAUGAAGCUUGCCCUGAUGGGCCACCACCUCCAGACUCACUGCUGCCAGAUCUUCAACGGCAUUGUCAUCAACGAGAAGAAAGCACAGGCUGGACCCCAGCCUAGUGAUAAUCUUGUGGUCCACUUUGAAGAGACAGCCACAGCUCCUGACGAGCAGAACCCUGCAGCUCCUCCUCAAGCGGCUGGAAUUCCCCUCAGUGCAGUGCUGAUUCUCCGUAACAUCGCCCGCAAUGUGGUCAAGACACCUGCGCAGGAAGACCUCCUCAAGCUACAUGAGCUUGGAGGUGAGGCUGGGGGCUGGAACGAGCGACUUUUCCGGACUUUGCUCCCUCGUCUCUACGAGGUCAUGACUGAAAACAAGGUUCUACGACCCCAUGUGUUCUCACUCAUCCAGCUCGCCGAGUCAGAGAGAGACAUGUAAUGCAAAUCAUGCAUCCAACCAGGCUGCCCUCUUGGAGCCCCUGAUUACCAUUCUUCCACCUCAAAUUGCACCCUUGAGCUAGAUUGGCAUUGCUAAGGACUUUACUUAUUGGGCGGCAUCUCGAGCGAGCUUGGACACAGAUUGUUCGUAUGAGAAGAGAGAGUGCGUGUUCCUGCAGCGCAAGAACUGCAGACUAAUAUGGAGGUGGUGUGUAGCCAGUGAGGUCGACUUUUUUGCUUUUUGGGAUGGCAAAUACCCAGGCGUUGGGGAGGAUAGCCACAAAAGGUUUGCAAAUAUGGAAUUAGCAACAGGGCGACAAUUCUUUUCUUUUUUCCCCUCUUCUGUGGGAUGGGCGAACACCUCACUUGCCCCUGGUCGCUCGCUCUAAAGACACGACAAUGAUGAAGAUUAUUGGUGUUUGCAUGUUAAGCUUAACAUGAGAGCACCUUAAAAGAAGAAGGCAGAGAAAAAGAGAAAGAGACAGGGGGGAGAUAAAGAUGAGACAGGGGGGAGAUAAAGAUGGGCACGUACUGUGUUUCUGGUAUGCGGGUAUAGGUGGGUUGACGGACGAGCAAUGAUUCUGGCAGAGACCGAUUGUCGCACACAAUGUUGCCGUAGUAUAUAGUAUGGAAGCAAAAUGCUUGUGAAAGAAAAAAAGGUUCCAUUAGACUCGGGAAAAGUAUUUUGGUUGCGUGCUACCGCCGUUGUGUGCUCUAGGGGAAAAGCUUGUAGAACCGAGUGUUUGGAGGAGGAUGGUCAUGUUUCUUCCUGUCCAAUUGAGGAUAGGGGCGGAAACAGCUUGUUUCUCCCUCGUGCCCCCCCCCAAUUCCCCUCCUCUUGUUUUCUUCUCCACGAUGUUUAAUUAGGUAUCGUCAAGUCAACUGAGAUGGG